AUGAUUCUCUUAUGGCUGCUUAGCUGGAUAGUCUACACAGUCUACGCAGCGAAUGCGGUGCCAGGCCAACAUGAACUACACGCGCGUCAAAAUGAGGUAGACUUGAAGACUAUAAUGGAUCAAGUCGAUAUCAUAAUUGGACCUUCUGACACCCAAUCUUCUAAUGGAACCUUUUAUCAAGACGAUCGACCCGUUGUAGUCAAUCUGACUCCAGUCUACCGGAUGGGCUUUUUCGAAUUCUACAAACCGACGUUCCUCGAAGAGCGCCACUUCUACGGCAACCUCGUACUCUGCGGCCAGGCAUUCGCACAAGAAAUGAUUUCGCGGCAGACCUGUCACCAUCGUUCCAAAAUCCCUGCCAGAUUCGUUGAUUGCCGCAAUCUCAACACUCGUUUCUACGUCGUCAACCAGGCUGAUUCGCUUACGUACGGCGUUGUUACAGCCAUGAUCGGAGCGACAGGAGGUUUCUUGGCGUCGAGCGACACGGCGGCCACGAAAUUCUUUGUCGAUAGAAUUGAUACGCCGGGGAAGGUGGUGUGGGCGGGAGGGCUGACGUGGCAAUUCAGUGAGGCUGUAAAUGCGACGGUGGAGGGUGGUAAUGGGACUGUUUUUUCCGCGGGAAAUUUGAAUCCGGAGUGA